GCGGCGACAGUCGGGAGCUUACCUCCGCACAGGCGGUGAACAGGGAGGGGGGACGGCUUACGAGAGGGGUCGUUUGGUUGAAAGGCGGUCCCAGAGCGUCCAAUUUGUACCUCAACAGGGCCCGGUUGGUUCACGCCAGGAGAGACCGUCCCGAGCUGAACUCCGUGCUACAAAUAAGCCGCAGCGCUCUUCCAAGUGGGGCAGAGUCAAGAACGGACGAUCACAAUAAGUCACAUAACCGAGCCGACAGCAUCUGCAUCGAGCACGUCGGGGCCAGAGAGCACCGAAUUCCCCAUCACAGGUACAAUGUUGCUGCUCUUUGACGUCAACGCAAUGUUUGAGGAGAUGAGGACGCAGCGGGAUGGAGCGAACCUCCAGCCACUGACAUCCUCCGGAGAAGGAGAAGGAGAAGGAGUCAUUCUGUCCUACCCAGAUGACCGCAUGUCCGUCCUGACCUCUGGCAACCUGUUGGCUCGCUCCCUGCUGGGGCGCACCGCCACCGUCAAGCGCAAAGAAAGUCCCUCGUCCAGCAUCCGGCGCAAGCGGGAGUUCAUCCCGCUGGAAAAGAAGGACGAAGGCUACUGGGACAAGAGGAAAAAGAACAACGAGGCGGCCAAGCGCUCGCGGGAAAAGCGACGCGUUAACGACAUGGUCUUGGAGAGUCGCGUGCUGGCCCUGCUGGAGGAGAACGCUCGGCUCAGGGCCGAGCUGUUGGCUCUCAAGUUCCGAUUCGGUUUGGUCAAAGACCCUUCCAACGCGCCCAUCCUGCCCCUGUCCGCGGCUCCUCCGCUCACCCCUGCGAGCGCGACUCCCCACUAUUAUCUCCUCAAUUCCUCAUCGGCGCACGGGAACGACCGGCCCAGCGGGCGGGGCUCCGUAUACGGCGGCAACCUGUCCGAAGAUUCCGGGUUUUCCACUCCGGGGGGGUCCAGUGUUGGAAGCCCGGUCGACUUUGAAGACCGGCUCAGCGACCAUGAGAAAUCCUCCCCGCGCACUGCAGAGGAGAUGACCUUGGACCCCUACCCGUCCUCUGCCGAUGCCCCCCACCAUAGGGUGGACCACGGCGAGGCUAUGAGGAACCUCCCCCAUAAACUGCGUUUCAAAACACCCGGGAACAGCGAGGCGAGCGACGCGACGGGCGAUCCCAACAGCGCUCGACGCAGCCCGCCACCUCCCGCGGCAGAUGUCCCGCGAGAGAGCCCCAAUGGCCCGGAACUGACGAGGGGCGAAAUGGGAGAGGGCCACUCGGGCCCCUGGCUUCCUCCGCAGGGCGACGGAGGGAGGAGGGGAAGACAGUCGCCCCCAAACUUCAGCCUGCAGCCUCCUGCUCAAGGACACGCAGAGGUCAAGUCUCAGCGCGAGAACAGCUACCUGAAGUCUCAGCUCAGCUCUUUGAGCAAGGAAGUGGCUCAGCUGAAGAAACUUUUCACAGAGCAGCUCAUGGCCAACGUCAACUAGGAAGCGCUCCUCCUUCAGGAAACCGUUCUGAAAGAUCACCGUUGACUCUUUGAACUGAAACCUGGAACAAUUUGUAAAAAAUUGCCGCAAGAAGGCUGCAAAGUAAUACUUUAAUGACUUGAAUAGGUACCGGUACUUUUUUUUUUUAAAGAAAAUAACAGAGGACAGUCCCCGCCCCCCCCCAAAAAAUAAUUCCCAAAUGCUGACCCCCGAGAUGUGCGGAUGUUCACUGUACUUUUCAUUUGGAUUCUCCGAUGCACUGUGACAACUCAAGACUGCAGAUACCAUGGCACCGUCUCAACAUUUUCGGCAAGCGAGAGUUUGUCGUCGUGACCUCAUAAGAUUGCAAAAGCUUUGCACUGUUCAGACAAGUCAGCUCAAUCACUGGAAACCGAUAGCGGAUGGCAGGUACACGCAAGGUCGAGGUAAUCUCGGACAAACACGAGACUCGAGUUUCCUUCGGUGCGCUAACUGACGUUUAUCGACGCACUACUACGUGUUUAUUCUCAAGCAAAGCAGUCAAACACUGUUACCGUCUUGUUGUUUGUGAACUUCUCUAUUCGAGUUUAAAUGUUGUCUGUAUAUUUUUAUUUCAACUCAAAUAAACAUUUGAUAAAGUCA